CGGUAUCAAUGUAUCAGUUGUUGUGCUCCUCUAUAAAAUCCAGAUAUCCACGGCUCAACACGAAGUUUGCGUCUGAGAUCGCAUCCGUAAGGCUCACACACGCGCGAAGCUGCGUGCCGCUCAAGUUUCCCCAGUCGGCUUUCAUUCAUAAUUUACGGCACCUGCUGCUCAUCGUGUAAAUCCUCUUGCAAGCCAUUCGAGUUCAAGCGAAGACCCUGAAUGGCCAUACUCGUUCCUCCGACAUCGUAUCUCCCACCUAUAAGCAAGAUCCAGCAUCACUCAGCUGAGGAUCUCAUCAGAGCCGUCCAUUAUCUGCGACUAAUCUAUAACCCAGAAGUCCGUGGCAUUCGUCGCAUCGACAGCAAACACAAACACGCCUCCAAGACCGCAUCACCUCCCUCUCAAGACAGCGAAGAUCCCGGCCUCGAUGUCCUCCGUCCGGAUGUCUUCGAACGUUCGUAUGCCAUCCGGUGGCUCACUGCGCUCAUCACUAAGGCCGAUCAACUUCCUAGCUAUUCCGACGAGUCUGACCCUUCCACGGUAGCAGCGCAAGAAGCGCUCAUCCAAGAUGCUGCUUCCCUGCUUGCCAUCUGCGCAGGGGCGGCCUCCGCCGGGACCGUCACGCGCGUGUUCCGCUUCCAGUAUUCCGACGUGCCCGUCGAGGUUCAGCUGACGGACGUGCCGCUCGAGAACCAGGAUUACGCGAGCGUAGGCGCGCAGACAUGGGGCAGCGCGUGUCUGCUCGCAGAGACAAUGGUCGACCGUCCGGAGCUCUUCGGGCUCGACAUGCAUAGGAACGGCCUGCGGGCGUUGGAACUCGGAGCCGGGACGGGCUUGGUUAGUCUGACUCUCGCGAGACUGCUCGAAGCGCGGGCGAAUCCGGGAUACUCGGUCGUCGCGACGGAUUUAUAUCCCACCGUGCUGGCUAACCUGCGUAACAACUGCGAAAUAAAUUUCCCACAAGCAUGCCCCAUUCCGCUCUGCACGCACUUCCUCGACUGGUCGAGAUUUUCUUCGGAAAACAACAACCCUUCGCCGCCGUUUGACCAACCAUUUGACCUCAUCUUGGGUGCAGAUAUCGUUUACGAAAUUGAACACGCUCGGUGGAUUAAAGGGUGUGUGCAGAAGCUCCUCCGAAAGCCCUCGUCAGACCACUCUGUCGCCCAAGCGCCGCCUGCACACUUCCACCUCGUCAUCCCCCUUCGACCGACUCACGUCUUGGAAUCCAGCGCUAUCGAGGAGAUCUUCCCACUGGCUGGAGCACACGCGGACCGCUUGGAUGAUAUACAGCCUGCCUUGUGCGUUCUGUCCAAGGAGGUCAUCGUAUGCGAGGCGAAUGAGGCUGUGAGGUCACGGCAUAGCGAAGACGAGGUGGAAUAUGCCCAUUAUAUUAUAGGGUGGUCAUCAUGA